AUGAACGGGUCCUUCAUCGAACUCAUCAAGGACAUCAAGCGGGACGACAGCAUGCAGAACGUCGAAAGGAAUUAUGACCUGUGCGUUAGGAGCCUCAAAGAGAUGGAUAGAAGCAAAAGGGCCAAGGAAAAUGAAUCUAUAUUCAGUCUCCUCAACCCCAGAACGAAGGACAAAUCGAUUACUCUCCUCAAAUUGCUUUAUCUUCAAAUGUACGGAAGGAAAAUAGACCCUGAACAUAACUUUGCCGUGAUUGAAAUGCUAACAUCAGAUAAGUAUGUGCUGAAGAGGAGGGGCCAUCUGUUCCUCCAUCACUCCACUGACAGAGACGAUGUGACUUUUCUUUCUAUUAAUCUGUUUCGGAAGGAGUUGUACAAGGAGAACUUCCCUACUGCAUCCUCCAACGCGAAGACCAACGUUAUUAACUCAUUAACUAACAUUGGCUGUGCCAUUAUGAGAGAUAACAUCGCCUUGCUUCAAACCUCGGCAAAGAGUUAUUCAAUAAUGUCUACGACUCCGUCAAACGGGUCUGCCUCUUCUCCCUGGGGUCACUUUCCUAUGACUGGAGAAACCCCACGCGAACAGGAAAAAAAAAAACAAUUCGCACACACAAAUUGUAUAAUAAAGGAGACAAACAUAUACAAUACGGCUCUUGUUCUCAACACCCUCAGUAAUGUAUGCACCUCCAUCAUGAGCAGCAACCUCCACGACCAUGUCCUCCACCUGCUUAAUAGCUCCCAGGUUUACAUAAAAAAGAAGACAAUUAUCAGUCUAUACAAAAUAGUGAUAUGCAAUUUGGAUACAUUGCCCGUUUUUCUCGAUACAAUUAAAAAGAGCUUCCUUUCUCUCUACAACAAUGAGAGUGCAUCGUAUGAUAAGGUGGGAAAGGACGAAAUGGAUCGUGCUCAGCGGGACAACACCACGCUGUGCUGCCUCAUCGUGAACAUCCUGGCGGAGGUGUUUUGCGCCCUGGAGGGGAGCCACGCUAAUGUGAACGGUGCCAACGUCAGCGAGGCCAACCCAGGGAGCAGCCACUCGGUUGAGGCCCCCCACGGGGCAGACGCCCCCAAUGAGCUGUCCAAACGGAAGGAUGACACCCCGCACAGGGGGAUAAGUACCUGCAAUCAGAGCCAAGCGGGACCAACUGCCAACAGGGGAGGAGUGUACACUUACCUGAAGAAGUUCCUCGCAUUCAUUCCUCUUAUUUAUAGCCUCCUAAACGAACGACUCAGCCUGAUAGACAACUGGAAGUUCAUAAAAAUAGUCAAAUUUUUGAAAAAGCUAGUUCGAUACGAAAAUAGAAUCUACAGAAAGUUCCUGCAUCUAAUUGUUCAUGUGUUUUUUACCAGCAAAGCGAAAAGCGUCAUCUUUGAGUGCCUCAGGUUUUUGCUCUUCAACUACCAGAAGGGAUGCGUCGUCGAUUUGGACCUCCAGCGGUACGCACCUUCCGGUGAGAGCAACCUCGCGCGGAAUACCCAUCGAACCAUCCAGCGAAGCGCUGACGGGAUCUGCGACGAGGUCAGUGAUGGCCGCCCACCCCUGCCGCCCCCCGACUCCAUGGAGCAGUUGCUGCAACUCUGCUUCACCUACCUCGCAAACAGCUUUCACGAUGAAGACAAGAAUAUCGUGUAUGUCACGACGAAGACCUAUUUAUCCAUUUUUGCCACUCCAGAUCUUUACCAAAAAUUCGUGCAACACAGCAUGGUGGAAGGAUUGUCUACCAACGUCCUGAGCAGUCUCUACCAUGACGUUACGAUAAGGAAGAGUCUCCUUCGUAUCGUAUACUACCUCAUGGAUGAAAACAAUUUCGAAUCGAUUGCCUACAACAUCUUGACUUACCUAUAUCACAGGGCCGAAGGAGACUUCGUAGGAGAGUACGUAGAUGCGAUUCUGCUGUAUGGACAGAAAAAGGCGCACUUGUUGCCAAAUCGUAAUCUCUAUGUCUUCAUUUUGUUCUACAUGCUAUGCAUUAAGAAUCACAAGAAGGAGUCCAAGGUGAUCCAGGAGAUCCUGCGAGUGAACGGCACUCAAGGGGGGACCACCCACAUCACGACGAACUUUCUCAGUGCUAUGUACGUCGUGACGUACGGUGCGGCUGUGAUGCGGCGCGAACUGGGCGGGCGAAGCGGGGAUGGCGGUGUGGAUAGCCGUGUGGAUAGCCGUGUGGCUAGCCCUGUGGCUAGCCCUGUGGAUAACCGCAUGCAUACCCGUGUUGGUAAAAACUCCUCACGACUUGCCUCCCCAUUUGCCGCCACCAAGGGGGGGGACCAUCCCCGGAGAGGAACGCAACAAGAGAGCCACGAAUCGGAGCUGCUGAACCACAUGAGUAUCUUCCUGAAGGAGGUAAAAACGAUGGACGCGUUUUCCAGAUAUGACAUCCUGGAAUACAUCAUAGGGACACUAAAGAUACAUGGAAGUGAUGAUACGCACGAUAAAGAAGAGGAUCUCUACAAAGACCCAACCCAAGUAGAGGUAUCCACCUUUGAGUAUCUCAUUUAUUUCUUGUAUGCUUACCUAGAAGAAGCGCAUGACCAGAUAAAGGAAUAUAAGAAUGAGCACUUCUUGAGGGUUCUCUUUUUCUGCCUGUACCUUUUUUUUACUCACUUCAGUGUUAGUAGUAUUCUUUGGCACGUGGGAAAGAUAUUUUUGUUUUUUUAUCAAUACGAGGAGAAUAGAAGCUUGGUUCUUUUUUACGUCGGAAAGUUCUCUUCCCAUAUGGGGUACGUGCUUCGGAGACGGAACAGCGUGGAGAUCAUCGAUUGUUGCGUCAUUUUGAGAAAUGUCUUUUUCCUCCUGCGUGACGCGAAGCAUGCAGAGGGACUCCCCCCUAAAGAGGACUCUCCCACUGGAGAAGACACCAACCUGGGGAUCGACUUCUACUCAUGCGUCACGGACUAUCUCCAGCUGGAUCCAUCAGAGGAGAAGUUCCAUUUAGAUCGUCCCUUUAAAUACGACGACGCGUUCUUUUUGCCCAAAGAGGGGAGUCGCUCCCGGGGCAGUCCGUCCAGGGGGAGUGGCUCCAGGGAGAAGCUUCCCCGCGCGGUUCAGAGAUCCAGUACCAGUAAGAUUAGGACCACUUCUGUGAGAACCCCUUCGAUGACGACCCCCUCGGAGAUUACGGCCUCCGCCUUGACUGUGGACGAGGUAGACAUUCCCCGCGCAUGCAACGGAAAUGGAGAACCCACCUCGCACGGCGAAGCCACUUCCCACGGAGACCUCCGAGCGUUUUUGCGAGAACUCAAGGAGGAACAAACCAAGUGGAGACAAAGAGACAAGCGGACCUUUCACCAAAUAAGCCAGACUGCCCACAUCAAGUUAUAUUUUCAGCUGAAUCAAGACGAGCGUUUCCUCCGUUUGUAUGUCCAAUUGGUGGGCUCUCCUGUAACCGUUAAGAAGUUAUCUAUUCGCACGUCUUUGCUAGUGAAGACAUGCCAGGUGGAAUUCAACGCAGAGGAAGACGAACUGGUUCUGUUAGGAGAUGACAAGAUGGCCCAGGGUACCACCAUCUCCGAUGACUUAACAACCAAAAAACAUCAUCAUGGUGGUUCGUCUCUUGAGAAGAAUCCCACUGAAAAAGUUGGAAGCACCACCCUAACCGAACUAACCACUGUGGAAGAGGUCACCAGCAAUUUUCUCAUCAGUGUGCACUUCGAAGUUCCAUCCGGCUCCGUUAAAUUGGCCUUCUCCUAUUUGUGCGACUCGAUUCUCCAUGAAGAGUCCUCAGUCGAGAUUCCAUUCGUCCCUCUCGAACCGGUGCCCCUAUCGAUGGACGAGCUUACGAACGUGAAGAAGAAAAGAGGCAUGAACAGAAUCGUAACGGAGGAGAUAAAAGUUGACCCGGAGAUCCAUCCAAAUGAAUUAAUCUUUAGUUGUUGUGUCAUCCUGGCAGAGUAUCUCCAUUUCUUUUUUUUCAACAUGGGGAAGGUUUUUUCUAACUUGCGAAGUGGCUGCUGUGUGGAUUCUCUUCGCCUCAUUUUUUGUUCUGCUCGUACCUCUAGCAGGGAGACCCCACCAGACAAAACGAUCUUCCUAAUCAACGUGCAUUACAGGAAAACAAGUCAGGCGGCUGACCCCCCCACCUACAGGGUCGAAGCCAAGAUGAAAGUGCUGAACGAUUCCGAGGAGGAGUGCGUACGGAUUCUGGACUACGUCCAGUUCUACCUGUCGAAGCUGCUCACGGGAAGGGACAAAAUAAAGUCGCCCCGUAUUGCCGUCACGCGGGGGUAA